GGAGGCCGCCCUCUUACUGCUCUAUCUGCUGGCUACUCCACUUGUCCACAAGGCUCCUCACGCGUCCUUAACCCUUUGUGGAGCCUUGAAUUAGGUGGACAGGUGGAGACAGGGACGAGUGAAGGGUGUAAUAUGGCCUGGCCGCCUCUCAGUCCAGGCCAGCCUUGUGUGGGCGACCUGCUGCUGCUGCUGCUUCGGUCUGCGUCCUGCCUGCCUCACCCCCUCGCGUUUUAUCGACGUUCUGGCUGCUGUUGAGGCUCCCUUGUCGCUAUUAUUUCCUGGAGAUAAAUGUUGAGGACUCACAGCUCGACAACAAACUCGUAGAAGAUUAUUAAGGAUGCUACUUGGCAGCUAAGAAGUGAUGUGUCACCAGUGGGCCUCCUGACUACCCUUGCUCCUCUGCACUGCCCACUGGGCUCCCCUUGCCACAAUGAUCCGUUCAGCAGCUGCCAAUGUCCUAUGUACCAUGUCCUCUAGUCUGACUGUUACUUGAGCAUCCCCCUGGGCAUGUGUGCUCUCUGUACCCACAGUGCUUACAGUCAGAAAUAAAGCAACCCAUUUGUUCUUUACCAAGAUAGUAGAACUUUCGUCAAGAAACUUUGUAGUGAACCUGUGCAUGUGUUGUGAGCACUUGGUAUGAGAACUCAGCCAGUGUGGGCUGAGGGCUGAGAAAAGCCCUGUGUGCAGGGCAACAAUCAGCCACGCUGCCAAGCAGCCUAUCCUCGUUGCCCUGAAGAACAACGUGGUGGUGGUUUUGCCUUAGGUGACCAUGGGUGUGGGUGUCAGAGAGGCUCAGCACACAUGAUGGGAGCCCCAAGUGGCAGCAAGUGAGCCUGGGCUGGCCUCCCGUAGCGUGGGCGAGGGAGCCCGUUGCAAGGGUGGCUAUGGCGAGGCGAGGGGGUGACGCAUCCAAGCAAGUGGUGGUGUCUGUGGUGGGGGUGUCAGGGGGUGAAAGAGAGAAGGGUGUUACAGGCCUUGGAAAAUCAUGCCUCUGCAACCGCUUCACCAAGCCCCAGGCAGACCAGUACCACGUGGACCACAUCUCCGUCCUGUCUCAGACGGAUUUCAGUGGACGUGUAGUGAACAACGACCACUUUCUAUACUGGGGAGAGUGUCUGCGGGUAGCAGAUGACGGCUUGGAAUUUGUAUUUCAAGUGGUGGAGCAAACUGAAUUUAUUGAUGAUGCUUCGUUCAUGCCCUUUAAAGCUGGAAAGAUGGACCCAUACAUCAAAAGAUGCUGUGCCACUAAGAUCCAGUCAGCAGAAAAACUCAUGUACAUAUGCAAAAACCAGCUGGGUAUUGAAAAGGAGUAUGAGCAGCGCGUCCUACCUGAUGGGAAGGUGAAUGUGGAUGGGUUCCUGUGUGUGUUUGAUGUAUCACAAGUUCCCAACAGAUCCCUCGAACGACAGGUGGAACUCACAGCAAGCAUCCUGAACAACUGCCUCAAGACUAAGCGGCCAGUAGUCCUUGUCACCACCAAGAAUGAUGAGGCUAAUGAGGUGUAUGUGAAGGAAGCUGAGAAACUAGCCAGCAGAAAGGAAUUUAAGGGUAAUAUCCCUUUAGUGGAAACCUCAGCUCAUGAAAAUGUUAAUGUGGACUGUGCAUUCAUGACACUAGCAAACUUAGUGGAUCGUAACAGAGGACGAAUACGAAUUGUUCCAUUUUAUGAGGCAGCGAGACAUAGAAAGGAAAUUCUUGAUGUAGCAACAGAUGCCUUCCAAAGAUUAGUGCGCACACAUGUUCUUGACUACCGGUCUAUAUGGGCCUCAACUAGUAAAAAACUUGCUCAAAAUCCUGAUUUUAUACAUUAUGUGGACCUCUUUGGUAUGGACCAAGCGGCCAAGUUGUUCCGUCGACAUGUUAAAAAAUUGAAAGAGGAGUACCUGCAAAGGAAAGUGGAAGGAUACAUGGACCUGCUGCCCUCCAUUCUACGUGAAUUCUUCCCUGACCUACAGAGUUUAGAAGAUGGGGACUGGCUAAGCAUACAGCAGAGGAUAAGUGAACAUCCUGAAUUUGAUCGGUACUUCCUGCGAUGCAACGAAGACAUUCCUUGGUCAGAAAACACAGACCUAUUAGAUUCUGCUGACACGCGCAUUCCAUUCGAUGUCCUUGACUCCAAUGAGGCAGAAACUGUAUUCAAAAACCACGUUAAUGCACUGCAAGCAGAAUUAGAAAUGAGAGAAAUGCGGGAUAGAUUCAAGGCGUUGCUGGCAGAAACUGGAUAUGUUACUCCUGGCAAGAGAUUAGAUGAGGUACGAGUGCUCUUCAUGGGAAGAGAAAGCUUUGACUCUCUCUCAGAACACGACAGGCAAUUUAUUUAUGAGCAGCACCAGAAAGACAUCACGGAAAAAGCAAGACAGAAUUUCCAUGAACUGUUGCUAGAGCAAGCAGAACUGUUCUACCAUGUGAAGAGCAUUGCUCCCACUGGCACCAUCACUCAGGAGGACAUUCGGGAUAUCACACAGACUCUCCAAGAGGACAGCAGGUAUAAGGCCUUGGACAGGUUAGAGAGUGAAAGAACUCUCUUAUUACUUCAACAUCUUGGCUUUGUUCACUGCCCUAAAAAGGAGCACUGUCCAACAUUUCCAAACUGCAUGGAUUGCCUCAUCGAGAAAAUCAUUGCCAAUAAGGCAGCUAGCAAUAGUCGUCCUGGUUCAGGAACUUGGGGUAGUAAGACUGUAUCAGAUCCUCAUGUCAACCUGGUCCUGCUGGGCAACCAGGGGCUGGCAGAAGACCUCCAAAAUGUUAUCAGGUCUGUGUGUGAAGAUGAUGAGUUUGAGUUAGACAACCAAGUAUUCUCCUUGGACUACCGCAGUAUAGAUGGAGAUGUCUCCCUUCCUCAGAACUCUUUCAAGACUCCAGAAUUUACUCCACAUGGUGUGGUGUGUGCCUAUAGCAAUGAGGCAUCACUAGAAUAUGUAAGGGAGUCAUUAGAAAAAUCCCUGUUGACUCAGCUGGAGCGGGAGGAGUCUUCCCCAACACCGCCAAUCACCGUCCUUUUUGCUCCUGACCCUGAUCUUGACCACAAUGCCUCACAGCACCUCCACGAUGAGGGUGCUAAUCUUGCUGAUAGUCCCCCUGGCAGCUUGCAAUGCACCUUCAUGGAUGUUGGGCCAAGCGUUGGGGGAGGUGAAGGGCGCAGAUUUGACAGUAGCCUGGUGACCAAGGCACUCCGCUCACUCAUCACUAAUAUUCAACACAGAAAUAAUUCACUCAACAUUUACAACUCAGCUGUGUUGCCCAGAGAUUCCCAACCAGAUAUUAGAAUAAUAAUGUGCAUGUUGUGUGGGGAUCCUUACUCUGUGGAAAAUGUACUUAGUCCACUGCUAAACCAUCAGUGGUGUGUAGUGACGGGGGAGCAGUCCAUCUCUCUUCAAACAUUCCUUGAUGACUGCAAGCGGCGUGUGGAAGUCAUUGUGUCAUCUUACCAUGGUGCCAAUGCAUUUCGAGAAGAUCUGGUGCAUGGUUUUAUUUUAGUUUAUUCAACAAAGCGCAAGGCAUCCUUGGCCACUCUCAGGGCUUUCUCUGCAAACAUUCCUAAUUUACCAAUCCAGAUCUUGGCAAUGACUGACACAAGCAGCGCUACUGCAUUUUUUAAGUCGGAUAUCUCUCAGCAGCUGAUUACUGAAGGUAAUGCUAUUGCUGACAGACUGCAAGCACAUUUCAUGACCUCCACUGCAACUUGCCAACAGAAAACCGCAUUUUACACGCCGUUUUUUAAGGAGGUGUGGGACAAGAAGCCUGAGAUAGAGCAGGCCUUUAACAUGGAGGAUCCAUCAGGCUUAGAUGACUCUGGAGAAGGAACCCUAGAGCGGCCCUCCCACCACUACCAUCGCAGCAUCACCUUGCCACCUCCGCGUCGCAACAUGCCUCCCAGAUCACAAUCAGCUGAAGGAAGCAGUUCUGAAAUCUAUGAGACUGUGCCUACGGAUGGCUCUCUUGGGGAUGACCUUGAUGAGCCUCUCUCUCCUGUGUUUCCUGAUGACCAGCCCCUCACACCCUCAGAUGACUCAGACAUUUACUCCCACAUUGACAAUGAUGAGGAAGAGCAUCUUGUCAAGCCAUCUCAAUUCAAGAAGCAGCACAGGUUUCAGCAAGAAUUAUUCCGUCAAUCAUACCCAAGCACAGAAUCUCUGCCCACGACUGUGUCUUCCCGCUCCAAGGUUUCCACCCAGCCCUCAGACCUGGAGCCAACAUAUCCUCCCCUCCCUCCAUAUCCUCCCCCACCCCCUUCUACUUCACCCCCACCCUAUAGUUUUGUUUCACGGGACCAGUCUUUUGAUAGUGGGAAUGGGGGGACCCACCCAAGGGAUGGGGCAUCUUCCCCAUCCUUGCGUGACAGACCUCCUCCCCCAUACUCUUUUGCCCCACGCACCCUGCCCCAUGACAUGAACAAGCCUCAACCUGCCCCCAGACACCAGUUCUUUAAGGCAGAGAGCUUGACGCUUGAACAUGGGGCCUCUGACAGAGACUACCAUCUGAUGCCAGACCGUGCUGACAGGGGUGGUCUACAGGUGUAUCCCCCUCCCACGACCCCCCCUGAGCCGGCACCCCCUGACCGUGAGUGCGUGGAGGGUCCUCCCCGCCGCUUGGUGAAGGCCACCACACUCCCCACUCCCACUCUGCUCUCGACAACAUCUCGCACCUCCCUCGAUGAGCUCACAUCUGACAUGAGCGGCUCUCGUGACUCCCUCACCACUCGUGACUCAGGUUGGCAGGAUGACAGCAUGUGCUCCCGUCGAAUGGAUGACUAUUGGGGAGAUGGCUUCACAUCACAAGCCUUCACAACAGGUCGUCGUGCAAAGUUUCCACCCCCACCCACCAAACCAAGACCCAAGGCCAGCCAAACCCUGAAGACGUUCCAGUCCCUGAGUGAGGCAGUGUAUCAGGUCACAACCAAGCAACCUGGCAAACUUAAUCUUAAGGCCUAUGGCAACGUGACUGAUGCAAUUGGCAAAUUAAACCUCAAAGAUGCCGGCCUCCUACACUCUAAACUAACAAAAGGGGGUUCCGUGCACGCACCCCUUGCCACCCCUGAGAAUAUGGACCUUGGCCCAGAUUACGCUGCUCAGGUCAAGGAUGCUGUACCGGGUCUGUAUGGAAGCUUUGAGGCUGGGGACUAUGGGUACUCGCGAGUGCAGGAUCUUCCCCAGGGUGCUGGUUCCAAGGCGCGGCGGCAGAGGAGAGAAAAGGGACGACAAGCGUACUCGGACUCAGACUCUGAGUGGAGUUCCCUUGAGCGGCGGCGUAGCACAGAUUCCUACAAAGUCAACCGCAAAGCCGUACCCAAGAGGAUGAAAAAGAAGCGGCUUCCAAUACCCGUUGCAGCUCCCCGUGUGCCCCCCCUCCCCUCCUUCUAUGUUGCCGAGGGAGGACCUGGCACUCGCUAUUCGGACGAGAGGCUUUUGCUCGACCCCUAUGAGAAAGUGGUGAGCGGGUCUGCCUCAGAUGAUUCCGAGGCCACUGACCGAGAGGAUCCGACGGCCCCGCACUCCAAAUAUAAACCUCAGAAACACACUAUUUCAUUUAAAAAGAAGAUGGGAGGCAGGGAGGGCGUGGCAGUGCGACCUCCUGUGGUGCCCCCCCUGCCCCCCACACACAACCCAUCCCACCCUCCCACCUCCCAUCCACGCAUGGGGCUGGCUGCUACCCCCCACCACAACCCUCUCUCGUAUCCUUUGGUGGCCCAGCUUCCCCCAGACACCGAAUUAUUCUCCCCCUCAUUUGCUCCAGGAAAACUUGAAGGGGACCAUGCAUACAGAGUGAUUCCAGAAGAUGACUCAAGUCUUGAGGUGUCUUCCCCACGUGACCAACAAUCACCCAUUUUGCCACCUGGAGCCCCCACACGGAAGGACACAGACAAGACUGCCCGCCGCAAGCAAGAAAAAUUAAGAUCACGAGAAGAAGCACGACAAAGGGAAGAAGAACGUAAGAGGGCCAAAGAUGAAGAAAAGAUGAAGAAAGCUGCAGAAAAGGAAAAGGAGAGGGAAAAGAAGAAGGCCUCUAAAGGAUCAACAAAGAGUGCAGCUAAAGGCCCUCCUCAGCCAACCCUGGAAGAUUUUGUGCAAAGUCCUGAGCGAUCUGUGCCAUUGUUCCUGGAAAAAUGUGUCUACUUCAUUGAAUUGGAAGGCCUGGACUCUGAAGGAAUUUAUAGAGUGCCUGGCAACAAGGUGCAUGUAGAACAGCUCACCACCAAGUUCAAAGAAGAUGGUAAUGUUAACUUUGCCGAACUUGACAUUCCUGUCAAUGCAGCAGCUACUGCCUUGAAAGACUACCUUAAACAACUGCCACCUCUGCUGCCUCAGAGCCAGUUGAUGGAACUCACCACCAUUGCCAGCAUUGGAGACAGGAGUUUAAGGUUACUGAGAUUAAAGGAAAUGCUUACUGGUUUGCCGCGUGUCAACUUUGAAGUCCUGAAAUUCCUGUUCCAACACUUUGUCAGGGUGGCAGAAAACUGCAAAUUGAAUUCCAUGGACAGCAAAAACUUAGCCAUCUGCUGGUGGCCAACACUGCUCCACACUUUGCAGUUCUCAGAUAUUGCUGAGUUUGAAUCUCAACGUCCACACAUUGAAGACAUUAUCCAGACUAUGAUUGAUCAGUUUCCCUUCUUGUUUCAAGGAAAAGAAGAUUAUGUCAUGGUCUGAUAUUAAGCUGGGUUUUCCUGGUAAGCAUAACUUAGUUUGUUUACACUUAGCUCUGUUGCACCAGCCUUGGGUAAGGAUAUAGCUAAUGAUAAACAAAAAGGGUUAUGUUUAUCAUGAAAACUUGACCCUAGUUCCCUGCAGCUACAUUCCUGCUGCACCUUAUCUCUAAUUUACAAGGAAUCUCAUUGCCACUUUUUUCUGUGGUUCUAUCAAGGCACUUACGGCCUAUCUCUGUCUGUGGCCCAGUUUACUCACUUGACCAGAUAUCAUAAUAUGUAUUGGCAUUUUACUUAUUUAUUAUUUCUAGGCUACAAUAUUGAUUUCAAAGGAUAUGAAUUGGAUCUGGUGCUUAUAACUUAUUGAGAAUAUAGUCAAAUUGCAUAAUUCUGGUGUGAACUUGCUGCCAGUUCAUGGUUGAAUAUUGCAAUUGUAAGUUUUUAUUGUAGAGAGUUUACCAAAGAAAAUAUGGGUUAUCAGUGGAACUGUGGUCAAUCUUACAGAUUUUUAGAGUAGCAAGUUAAAGUUUCUUUCAUCAUACUUUUACAUUUGUAUUUUUGAUAAUUGCAGUAAUAUUUAUAAUUGUAAAGUGAUUUUCAGACUUUUUUUUUAUCUAUUUACUUAUUUGUUUUUAAGCCACCCACCAUUGAUAAGCUAAAUGUGACGUAUUCCAUUUGAUAAGAAGAUUCAUUAACAAACUAUCAUGUAGCUGACAUGGUGUUAGUGAAAUAAUAGUAUUAAAAGUUUUUAUUAAAGUGCAGGUAUAGCAUUGAUAAUAGAUGAGAAGAAAACAGUAUUCACUUCCAGUUUUUGGAUACAGUUUGAGAAUUAUUGUUGAACAUCUGUUUCUGUUCCCAGAUGGGACUUGAAAACACCUACUCCAAUUACAGAAAGAAUUUAGUUGUCUCAGUUUUAUCUUUGCCAACAGCUGAUAAAAAAAAAAAAUCAUGUUUUCAUGGAGGACAUAAAAAAUUGUGAUUGCAUGUGAAUAAUCAUUGUAGGUUGGCUCAGUCAUCCAGAAUAGUCCACCAAACUGAAGUCUUCAUUCAUCAUUCAUCAUUGGUUGUUACCUGAAAUUUUAUUCUCCAUUAUAUUUCCUUUAAGAUAUGUGACUAUGGUAAUUUCUGUAGGAUUUUCAAGUUCCUACUCUGAGACCAAAUCCCUGAGUACAGUACCCUUCUCUGGCUGAGUGCAUUGCUCCCAGGAUUGGGUUAAAGCACUUCCAUUGCCCUCUUCAGACCAGCAGUAGAAAUCAUUCUGUACAGAAUUUUUGUGGCAUACCAAUAACCUUUUCAACUGCAAUCUAAUUAGAGUGGCAAUUAAUGUAAAUUUAUCAAGCUUUUUAAAAUUAAGUAGUUUGUUCAAAACUUUUAAGGCAAUGGAAGUGCCAUUAUCGCACUUGUUAAUUUGCUGGGACAGAAGCUCACAUAUCAAACUGUUGAGUCUGGCAGUGUGAAGCAUUCCAUUUAAACAGCAGUGCUGCUUCCCACUUGUUAUCAUCACCUAGGAAAUUUUAAGACGUCAUUUAAUUCUUUCAUGACGUAUAUAUCCUGCCAUGUAUCUGCAAUUGCAAGGGAAGUCACUGUAUGACCUCAUAACUCUUGCACAAGCACAUCGAGUUGUGUCGGUGUACCUCAAGUGGUGUAAGAGAUCAAUAUUUUGAUUGUUGAUCUGGCUGGUCAUUAUGCUACAUUCAGACUAUUGAAAUUUAGGAAAUCAAUUUUUUUAUAUACACAUAUAUAAAUAUAAAUAUAUAAAUAUAUAUAUAUUUCCUGUUAUGUCUUAGGUUUUAAGAGGUUCAUAAGAAUUAGCUAUAGGUUUGUUCAUAUAAUUUUUUUUAUGAACUAUAUAUAAAAAUGUGUUCUCAAAUUGACCAAAUAAACUUUGUUUAAUCAUGAAUAUGUACAAUAAGUGACUAGUUACAUGAAGUCUGUAUGAUCUGACUUUAUUACCUGUAUGAAUGAUAGUGCCAUAGUUACUACGGCAAAAUGAGCAAGCAGUGCCAAUGCAGUGUUGAUCUUUUGUCUCAACGUCUUGCUAGUUGCUCCCCGUAAUUCUAUUUUGUUACUUUGCCUUGUUUAGUGUUUUAGCCAAGUGGCUGCCAAGUGGUACUAUGUGUAAAGUUAGCGCUAUGCUGUGUGUCAUGCUGAGUCGAGUGGCAGCAGGAGCCACAACAAGAUCCCCAUGGGUAAUCCUACUCAUUAGUUGUAGCACAACAGUUGGUAGUAAUCUGUCAUGUGGAAGCUCGCACCACACCAUAAAUCAAGGACCAUCCCAUCUGGUAAGGCUGGAUGUAUCUUCCACCCAAAAAAUUCUUUUCUCUUUUCUUUUUUCUUCUUAGUAUUUCUGAAUACUACCCAUUGUGGUUUGUGUUGCAACACCUCCACACAAUGUGUUAUUCACAUGCUAGGUCAAAGCAGAGGUCCAGGAUGAAGGUUGUUGGUGAAAGCCUUCCUGUUGGUGUCAGCAUCAUGGCACUGCUUUUGAGUGCCAGAUGUACAGUUUGUUGCAUAAUAUGUUCCUUGCCACAUUCUUUAACAAUGGAGUGUGUAAACUUCAGAGUUGACUUGUACAUUAUCACUGUUUAGAAAAAAUAAGCCAUUUCCUUCAUAUAGUCAAUCUUUAUUUUAAAGAUUGAUCAAGUUACUUCAGAGUGCAGUGUCUUAGACUUGCAAUUUGGAAAUAGUUGGAUAAAAUUGUUGAUUUUUAACUGUGAUUAAUAAUACAUAUUUUGCCAUCCAAUUUAAAUACCAUUGAAUCUUUUGUGAAAAUUGUAAAGAUUAAAAAAAUUUAGGAACCUUAGUAUGUAACAAAGAGUAAAUACUAGUCAUCAAAGCCCUGCCCACUCGACUGCAUAUGUAAAUUUAUAAAUGUAAUUGCACGAAAUAUUCUUUAAUUCAUUGUAUAAAGUCUUGGAGCUAUACAGACUUGUACAGCAUAUAUGAAUGAGAGUCCAUGUACAGUGGAUAAUGAUGAGGGAACUUUUGGUAGUAUACUAUAAAAUGCAUAUUUGGAUUAGUAUACUACUAACUGAAUAAAAGGCAUUUGCAGUUAAA